UUAUUGUUUUGGAUCGCCUACAAAUAACAAGCACUGUUUUUCUCUUCAUAGUUUCUAGCAGCAAUCCGCAUCCCCGUAAACAGACGUUUUGAAAGAAAGCAGCAGUCGCGGAAAGUUUUGGGCAUAAUUAUUUGUAUUUCCUGGCACUACGAGUUUUGGAGAUUUUCUUUUGUUUUGAGCGGAUAUAGUACUCUAUUUGUGGCACAACAGAGACAAUUCAUUCUAAUUCAUAAACCCUCUUACUUCGUCGAAGUUUCAGACAAACCCGAAGCAAAAUCAGAAUGGCAAGCUCAGCUUUCGUCGACACCGAGGUCCCUCGAGGUCGAGGACCCUCGCAAGAAGAAGAAGAUAUCAACAGCGCCCUCCUGCUGCACUCUGGCAACGACUUCGCCGCGCAUGGUACAACGACCGAGCCGGAGCCUGCCGCCACUUCGACCAAAACUGCCUGGUUCUGCUCUUGGUGGUUUAUCACGUUGCUGGUUGUUGUGGUAAUCAUCGCCGCGGUUGUUAUUCCGGUCACGAUAAUGUACACCGUCGUUUGGGCAAAUAACGACGGGGCCGCAAACCAGCAGCAGCAGGUGACUGGCCCUGCGCCAGUUCUUUCCCGCAGUGAGGUUUUGCGACACAAGGCUGCGCGUAUGGAGCAAAACGGGGUGACCCUCGUAUCCACAGUAAAUUUCCCGUACACGUACAAAUGCGGUCGCUGCAUGACAGAACUUGGCUUCGAUCCUAGUUUAGCAUGACAAGUUUUACGCUUUUGUGACGCAUCUUGUACAUGUACGAAAAAUUUGUAUUGCAUACCUCACUACUGUGGAUCAUGAUGGACGACAGCACUCCUCUUGUCCUACCGACGGCUCGGCGCUCAUGUUGCUCGCGGAUUUUGAAAACGAAAUGACUUACUGCUAUCCCUUCCACGCGAGCGAGGACAGGCGAGCGGAGUUGCGACUUCAGCAGCUUUCAUUCAUGCAGAAACUUCCCGCUUCGACUGCUGCGUCAUACACCUGGCUCGAAGAGGCAAUGUUGGACUCUCCAGACACAUUGCGCCAGACCCUCUUAAAGCCUGCCCUAGAUCCCGCGGACUUAGUUGAGGCAGUGGCGGAGUGGCUGCCCGGCUGGCUCGCGCAGUACAGAGUGGAUUACCCGGAGGCCGUCCCUGCACCGCCUGGGCCCGCACCCCAACCGAGCCCAGUUCCGGCUCCAGCGCCGGCGCCUGGUCCAGGUCCGACUCCAACACCGGCACCUGCACCCGCGCCGGCACCUCCUCAGCCGAAACCGAAGCCAACGCCGAAGCCUCCUCAGCCCAAGCCGAAGGCUCCUCAGCCCAAGCCGAAGGCUCCUCAGCCCAAGCCGAAGGCUCCUCAGCCAAAGCCGAAGCCGAGCACCAAUCCCUUCCAGGCGAGGGCAAGCAAUGAGCUGCUGCGCGUGCUGUGGAGGGCGUUUGGCUGUGACCCGGGAGAUCGGGAUGUCUUGUCUCAGGAAGAAAUCGUCGGGCCCGCGGUUAUAUGCAUUGCAAAAGCAUCGCACUAGUAUAAAUCGCAUGAUGAUAGAUGAUGAUGAUGAUGAUGAUGCAUGACAAAUUUUUUUACUAGUAUUACAAAAGAUAUUUGUCAUGCUGUGUUACCAUAGAAAGGAGUCAUGCGUGGCUGCAAUUACUACGAGUGCGAUACUUUUGCAGAGCAUAGGACACCCGGAUUGCGCUUCUGGUGGACUACCUGAACAAGCAGAUUACCUGCAUGGACGCCAAUAUCGCAAGAAAAAACUGUUUCACUGUAAACUUGUAAUGCAGAAAAUGUAUAUGAGAAGUGUUUGUGUUGCUACACAUGCAAGACAGUGAGUUUCUAGCUGUGUUUUCCCUUAGGAACCGCGCGUGACAAAUUUUCUCUGUCAUGUAGAACAAACUUGUGAUGCAAAAGUUGCAAGAUCCUUACAGUGAAACACUUUUUUCGUACGAUAGCAACCGACGCAGACUCGGCCACCAAGUUGCCCGAGCUUCUCAGCCGGCGACUCCCGUUUCCGUUUGGGGGCUUUUCCCCCACGAUAAACCCCGUUUCCCAUGUUCCAAUUCCGGGCGGUCGCUACUUUUUCCUCGUGGAAAAGGAUAUUUCUACGUCCCCCACGGCGCCGCGAAGACAGCUGUACUUUUCGGAUAAACACAGCAACGCGAAAAAAAUUUUCCGCCACUGGUCGAUUUUCAGCGGUGAGGGGGACAUCAGGUACGACGCAAGCCCUUUCAGUCGCGACGAUCUGCGCGCUCUGGGAAUUCUGGGUCACGGACAAGACUUGAACGCAAUCGCAGAUCGGAUUAUUGAAUGGCACACGGGCUGGCGGGACCAGUUUCCUGCCCCGGGUGGGCCCGGAUCUCCCCCCACUCCUGCGCCGGCACCAUCGCCCGCACCUGCCACCACUCCCCCCGUACCGCAGCUCGCUCAGGGUUGGACGGCGCAGAACUGUGAGCCAACGAGCGUCGGCCCAAACACGGGAGCCCAGUUCUGGCAACGAGAGAAUGCGGGGCAGCUCAUGUUGCUCGUCAACUUCCAACUGAGGGAAAUAACCUGUUUUGAAGAGGAUGAGGAGGCGCGGUUGCGAAUGAUCGUAAAGGUCCGGCUAAAUACACUUUCGCCGCACUACCCAAACCUCUAUCGAGAAGAGAUCGGGACCAAUCUGAUUACUGGGCAGCGGCUGACCUUGAGCACCAACACUACUCCCCCCGCGGGACAGGUUUUGAUCCUGAAACAAGCGAUGCUGGCGAACGCAAACGCCCUGAUGCAGGGCUUCUUUUCUGUGACGCGAGACCCACGGUAUACCCCGGAGUCCAAGCUGGCCAUGAAUCUUCUCACUGAUAUUCAGCCGUGGCUGCCGCAGUGGUAUGCGCAGUGGAAGACGCUGGUUGACUACGAGGCGGAUCGCCAGGGGGCAGCACCAGCAGCGUGACGAGAAGCAUCAGAGUGGUCCAACUGGGGCUACUUUCAAAGUAGCCAGCACAAAGUUUGUGCUAUUGGUUGAAAGAGUUGUUAGAGGACCCGCAUUUCCACUUGUUCCACUUCAUGUUUAUUCACAAAGUACAAAGAAAAAACAAAAGGCAAACUGCUUCACUACUCAUCAUGUUCUAUCUUCGAACAAGAUUUAGCUACUUGUAACAUCAUAUAGACAUUUACUCAUCAUGUUGAUGAAACCUAAAUUUUCUACACUGAGUGCAGGGUGGAAAAGUCAAAGUUUUGGUGCAGGAGUAGCUGUUGUUGUAACCAAGUCUAGGGCGACGUAGAAGACGAGGGCGAGGCGGAAGAUGAUGAUGAUCUUCAUGGCAUCUUCGUCUUGGUCUUCGACUCUUUCAUCGAGAUUUCGUAUGUAUGAUUGGAUCAUUUUUUUACAAGGCACCAGGAAGAUUUGAUUUUGAACAAGGGCAGUGCUUGGUCUUGUUGUAGUGCCUAAGCUCCCUACUUGUACUUAGAGCUUUCGCGAAGGACUACUUACUCUCAGGAUUCAUUAGCUGUAUAUGUCAGACCGUUACUCGCAGGCCAUAAGGGUUGAUUUUGAAAAAGGCUUCUUCAAGAAGCUCCGGCUAGUACUUAUUAACAACCUCAACCCCAAAAAGAAGCUCUUUUAUCUUUUGACGCCUUUUAACUUCCGACGCCAAAAGCAAGUUCUUUUAGGGCCUUUAACUUUUGACGCCAUACCGAUACCCGGGCAUGGAGAGAAAGAAAGAAGCUCUUAAGAACUUGAUGCUGCAUGUGGCAGAUCCGAUCUUCGUGUGUAAUUAUUUCGACGCAUCAGUAGAGGAUCAGGAAGGCGAAAGACGACGCAAAAAUGCAGCUUCUAGAAAUCUCGUGUAUAAUGAUAAUGUCGUUGUUGUUCCUCGUCGUUGUUGAGAACGGAUACUACUUGAAAUUCAACCAAAAACCGUGGGGGCGAGGGCCUCGUGAGGGUCCCUGGAUGCUGCAGGUUGGCCAUAGCGAGCCUAAUGACCCCGGUGAGCCUCGCCCCUUUAGGAACAUACGAAGUCGGUCAAAAGUAGAACAAAAAUAAUGACGUCGCCCCCCUCACUGACAGCGCCGCCGCAGCACGGGCCAACGCAUAGCCCCGUCGUGGAGUUAGAUAGAAGGCUCCGGAUAGAGUAGCAAAUAGAAAGCAACAGUAAGACUAGCGGCUGGAGACACAAGCUCGGUGAUACGCGAGGCGUGCCCGCCAACUCCGGACCCGCAGGGAUACGCCCCUCCCCGCGGGAUAUCGUGGAAAAGAGGCAUAGAUCCCAAGCAGCAGACUAGCCGCGGCGUGCCAUGAGGGCCGGCGCGGAUGGGGACCGGAAGGGGGGAGUCGUGCACCAGGCACCGAAAAGGCAUGCUUGCCCGCCGCAACAGGAGUCGGCAUGAUGUCAUGUGUGAGCGGAGGUGCCAACUGCGCUAGGCAGUGGAAGGGCGGAUAGAUACAAAUACUCACUUAGAUUGCACAGGUAGAACUUUGAAAAAGAGACUUCUCAGGCUUGAGAAAUUGCGUAGUGCAUUGAUCCCCUCCGAUGGCCCCGGCACACUGCAGGCACGGGUACGGAAACUGCCGCCCGCGAUCACAGCGCAGGCGCGUUUCGAAGGCAUUUACUUUACUUUGCGCGUUUUCCUUUUACCAAAACCAAAACAGAAGACUAGUAACCGGGCCUACAAAAUAACGACUAGUAGUAAAUAACACACUCCACCUCCGCGCCCGCCGUGGUCGUGACCUUCGUGCCGUGAUCGAGCGACGCGACAAGGGCCUGCGUUUUUCUUAGGGACGAGGGCGCAGGACAUGUCAGUGAGAGGAACCCGCGGGCUUGUCCUUAUCGAUCUUUUGUCGUUUCCCUGGUUAUUUCUUUGAUUUCACCCAGGCUAUCUUUCUUUGUGCAUCAGCACAGCCAGCUUGCUCGAGAGCAACGCCCUUCUUAACGAAGUCGGACGUGGACGCGCCUACACGCGCGACCGAAGGACCUCCGCCGACGACGGGGGAGGGGUAACCGAGGAUCGACGACGGGGGAGCAUUCUGUACAGCGUCGGAUCGGGCGGCGUUUUCAUAAUAUCAUCAUUCUGGAGCACUUCAUGUCGACGGUGGAGGGAUAGGGAGUCCUCCACUGCGGGCUUCAGCCGACAGGUAACUCUGUUGCUUCGCCCUCACAACCAUUCGACAGUAGUGGCUCACUUCUUCUCGUCGAGCAGGCGUGGCGUUGGGCAGUCUGGUUACGGGCUUCGGUCUCGACCCUGUUGUCGCUCCAGCGCCACAAAUCCAAACUUUGCGCCCCGAGCUCUCUCGCUGUGGUUUGACACGCAUCACGGUGUAGUAGCUAGUAUGUUGCGUCGUCUCUCCACCGGGAAAUUACGACAUCAAGUGAAGACGUACAGCAGGCAGAUACAACUACCGCGGAUCCAGCGAGCCACUACAUUCAAGCGGCCAGCGACACCAUGGGGGCGUUUGCAGUACAGACUCGGGGACGGGCCUUGAGCGGAGAAAAGGAGAUCUUCAUGGGUCGUGGCACUGAAGUCCUAGGUUUUGUACACCUGGCAGGGCUAUUUGUCCACGAUAUAAAAACCUAUCCCCAGCUCGGCUAGUCGUCUCCAGAACUAUGUCCUAUAGUUAAGCUUAAGACAGAAGUAGCUUAGUAGUUAGAAGCUGACUAUAGAGGUUUCCUCCUCCUCCUCCUCGUGUAUAAUGAUAAUGAUGUCACUAUUGUAUGAUUUUUAAUUUUAUCGCACGGCACGUCCCCUUCCGCACGUGCCCCCCUAGAAGUGCAGGAUAAAUGAUGAUGAUGAUGAUGAUGAUGAUGAUGCAGCGCGCAACUGGUCUCGAACUCCCGUGGUCGGUAGUAGUUGCGAAGAAGUAGAACAUAAAACACUAUUUCCACCACAGCCUCCUGGCAGCAGGAGCAGCAUCUAUCCGCCACAGACAGGGCAGGAUGCGCGAUGUUGUGCGCCGUCAGCUCGCAGCAGCGAGCGUGCUGGCAAAGCAUAUUAACUGCGUCGAAGGUUGUGCCGUGGCAUCAAUCUCAUCUUCUCGAUCAUAUCAAUCAACACGAUCACGAAGGAGCUUGAAGUCAAGGUGAUGCUGCCAUCUCAAAGGUGGUUUAGGCAUCUCCACCGGGUGGAGCCGCGUUGUUCACGCACCUCUUUUGAUGCAGUAGAACCUUCAUGAUCUUUAAAUGAUAUAUGAGUGACUUUUUAUGGAAGAUCACACUACUCUUUAAAUGACUUUAUCGCGACUGUUUAGAUGCUGGAUCAUCACGCUACCUCUUCAAAUGACUUCUGGAUCGUGAAGAUCAAUGAAGUGGCUGUGGUAGUACCUGGAUGAACAACCAGACCUGGAUCAAAAAUCGUUUUAUGGAAGAUCGAAGAUCAAGAUCAAGGGUCAUCUCACCGUAGCCAUUUUGGCUCAAGCAUCUUUUUAUUUUGCUUUUUGGGGGUCACAAAAUGAUUGGGGUGUAAUGGCAGAAUGAGUGUUUUCGCAUCGUCCCCCCUCACAUCACCACCUCGCGGGUAAAAGGGAAGCGCGCCGUCUUUGUCUUUUCCGCUGCAAACUCCUACGCGACGACGGAGCGACGAACGAUGUGAGGAGCUUCAAAUAGACUGAUUACCGAGGGCGUCCCGGCGUAGUAGACUCCGGAUCCACCGGGCGCUUCAUUGUCAGGUCCGCGAGCAUGCUGUUAGUCGUUAUCUCUCUUUGCUUUCUUCUCGUGCAGCACCAGCGGGUCAUGGGCGGUCGCAGAGACCCGACCAGGAUCCGCAGACCCCACCGAGCCUGCAAUCAACCGGUAGCACCAGGCGACUGGGUCUUUGUACUGACGCAGAACUGUCAACGGGCAAACUUUCGGUACUUGGAGGGUGUUGACCAGUCGGCACCCCUCCAGCAGGUGCAACAGGCGGAGAAAGUCCGCGGUGUGUUCCAACACAUCGCGGCUAACAAGGCGAAGGUCGCGCUCCUUUCCGACGUUCAGUGGAGCGGCGCACGUGGUGCACACAUCAAGCGGUACGAGUUCACCCACGGCCAGCACUACGUUUAUGGAGGAGGUAGAGUGGCCAUCGUCUUGCACAAGUCCAUUCUGUUCGCAGCGGAUGGAAAAUCUCUCAUCAGACCGGUCGUCAAAUUCUUCGGCCCCCGCAUUAUGGCGCUCUUCAUACGCGGGACGUGGUUUGCGGUGGGAUACCAGCCAAGCGACACGGUUGCGGACUUCGCAGAACUGGGCCAGUUCUUGCUUUGGCGCGAAAAACUUUUGUUUGCGACAGGUACCAGCAGCAUCAUCUUCGGCGGAGACUUCAACUCAGCAGUUUCCCAGUUGCCCCGAGGUCCAGAGGAUGAAGAGGCAGGCGCUGCAGCGGCGAUCGGCUCGGCCCCGCUGUUGGAACCACCCGCGAACCCCCGUCCGGGACAUAACAACAUGCGUUUUGCAAUCGAUAACAUGUUGUGUAUUCCGGACACCUUUAAGUCCAUCCACAGAAGAGGCACGUGGAGGCAUCCCGCGACCGGGCGAUGGUACGAGAUUGACUAUUUCUACACAUCGCGACAGGUUCAUUUUGGAAACGUGAAGACCAUCCAGCCCAAAUUUCUCACCGACCACCGCGGCAAGCGCAUGGCUGUCAAGCUAGGGCUUUCGCAGAAGGACAAGCGCGAAAUCCGACUCCGAGUAAUGACAAUUACGCCGUCCCCACCGUAUGAAGCGCUUCGGCGCGACGAGACAGCGCAGACGGCUUUUGCAGCGGAGACGGAUGCCAACCUUCGGAAGGAGCAGCAGAACGGAGGCAGCAGCCUUGCCAGCAGGUGGGAAAAGUUCACGACAGUAGUAGCGAACAGCGCGACGGCGGUCGUUCCGGCAAAUCAGGAGAGGGGGGCGCAGCAGUAUCCCCCGUGGCUGAAUGUACGGAAAUUCCGCGAAUACAAGAACGAAAAAGAGGACCUACUGUACUCCCGAUUUCUAGCAGCGGACGCGAACGAGCGGCAGCAGUACAACAGGAGACUGCGGGCGAUCGAGAAAGACUACCGUGCUGUUGAGAAGUUGGACUUUGAGGACUACAUCGACCGUAUUGCAGACGAGUGCCAGGCGGAGUAUGGUCAGUGCGGUAGAAUUGACUACGCAAGACUACGGCGCACAGGUGUAAUCUUCGAACCAACGGCGGGAGCAAGGGUGAGAAAGGCGAUCCCGUUCACCGUAGAAGACGCGAAGAAGCACUUCAGCAAGCUGAUGUUGCGAACGGCAGAGGUCCCGCAAGGAUUUCAGGAGGCCCUGGAGAGAAACCUGGACCAACUCCCGGAAUCUGUGGACCCGAUGUGGGGCAUACCCGACGAAGGCGAGAUCGCUCACUGUGUCAAACAGAUGAAAGACUGCGCGUUGGGAGUGGACCAGAUUCACAUUGCCCACAUCAAGCACCUCGGCGACGACUCAUGGGAUUUCUUAGUGAACUUGGUGCAGGAUUGUUUCAGAACGAGAACGAUUCCGGACGCGGCGCACUUGGUGCGCAUGAAUGCCCUCCACAAGGGGAAGAACCUUAAUCCGCGGCUGCUAGACAACUACCGCGCCAUUGCGGUGGCGACCUUUCUCUCGAAAUUGUGCGAGACCAUUUUGCAGAAGAGGCUCAAGCACUACCUCGAGCGGAUCGGUUUCUACCGGGAGACAGCGACGCAGCGAGGAUUUCGGUCAGAUUGUUCGACGGCGGAUUUGGUGAUGAUGUUGCAGUUCAUAGCGGACCAGACGCGAACAGUAGUGCGGGAGUCGAUACUGGAUGAGCUAGUUCUAGUGUUGAUCGACUUCAAGAAGGCAUUUCCAAGCGUGAUUCGGGAGCUUGUAUACCGUAUCCUGCGGCGUGCGGGCGUUCCUGGCACAAACGUGGAAUUCCUGGCGCACUUUCACGACAAGGCAACGUUUUACAUCAUGGUGGACCGCGAGCCAUCUGAAGAGUGGAAAGCAACGCGCGGGAUGAAAGAAGGAGGACCAUCCAGCCCCGACGGUUACGGAAUUCUGAGCGAGAUCAUGUUUCGGGAACUGGCGCGCAGGCUAAACGGCAUCAAGUUGGCAACGACGGGCGAUUUUUUGUCGAAGCUUGCGGCCUUUACGGAUGAGCAGAACAUCAACCCCGCAGCGGUGCGCAAGGUGGUCGCCUUGCUUUUUGCAGAUGAUGCAACGCUCCCGACGACACUGCGGGAGGCGCCAAUGGUUGAAAGCACGAUCAAGGACGUAGCGACUACUUUCGGCCAAGAGGUGCACCCGGACAAGACGGAGCGGCUUCUACUGCAGGGACCACACUUCCACUACCCCGGCCCAAGACAGAAGGAUGGGACCCCACCAAUACCACCCGGAUUCGAGGAAAAAGUAAAAGUUGUAGGAUGCGAACUGUCUACGUACCACAGCGCAGGAGUGUGCCUGGAGCGGCACUUGAAGAAGGCGCGCGGAGCGUGGGCGGAGUGGAAGCCGAUUCUACUACGGGCGCGCGGACGGAUCAACUACUUCAAGCGAGGCAGCCUGAUCAAAUCCAAUGUCCUUUCGCAUGUCUACUACAACGCGGCAGUGCGGCUGUGGAACGAGCGCAGUUAUCAGGAAAUCAAUGUCUUCAUCAACAAGAUGUUGCGCACCAUCACAGGCACUGCGAUUCCGGGAAUGGUUGGCGUGGCGAACAACUACACGCUACGGAGAAAGUUCGGCAUUCAAAGUGCGCGAACAGCAAUCGAGAGAAUCACUAUCGACUACCUAGGGCACAAGAUCCGGAUGGGGCGAGACGAGCCGGGCGAAGGAGUAGAAAAAGGGAACACGUACCGGGCUCGCUUCCCAGACGGGCGCACCGACCACCACCUGAUCUACGGCAGAUUGUUCACGGUCUCGGCGGGUGCGCAAGGCAACAGGCGGAUGCAGCGCAGGACACUAGCCAAGCAGUGGCUCGAAAUCAUGGCGCGCGCGCAACUCCGGCCGGACAUGACACGCAAGCAGUGGCACGAGGCGGCUACGCUCUACAUUCGCAAGAUUGAGGAGCAAGAGCGCCUGGCGGCGUACGCUGCGGAUGGAGCAGGAAACGUCGAGAAGCGGCGCGACGAGCUGCUUGCUAGUCAUGGCGUCAACGCAGGUGCGAGCGAGAUACGGCUGCGGAAGAACGUACACGAAGAGGGCGAGUUGAUCGCCAGCCACGCUGUUAUCUCGCAGUACCGAUGCCCGCACUGUUUUGUGCGUUUUCCAGACGGGGGCAGUGGCUUCAAGUCACACAAGACUAGGUGCUCCAAGGUCGAUUAUAGUGGUGUAGAUUUUGAUAAUGUCAUUUGUAUAAGGACCUAUGCAGCAGGACGAACCCAGUUGCCAUGGGGCAACCGUUGGCAUUGUAAAAAGUGCGGCACUACUGGCACUGAAGGCAAGGCUACUAGUGGGCAGGGCGUUCAUUGUGCAUUGAAGUUGACGCAGCAUGCUCAGACGUGUGACCCCGCCCAAAAGAAGGGGAGGCGGCAGGACGAGGUCCUGCAGUAUAUGGCUGACUUGCAGGCGUUUGAUGCUGUCAACCCUAUUGCUGUCUAGUUCCUAAACACGAUGCUAAUGCAACUUUUUUGAAAAAACUUGCUUUCUCAGUUGUUCAGAAAAAAUCUCCGGUGCGUGUGUUGUUGUUCAAAGAAAAUGUUAGUUUGAUGAUUCCAAUUUGUGCGCCCAUUUAAGCAAGAUCUGACGCGUGGCGCACACACCCACGCUUGUAGUGGCGCACACACCCACUACGACUACAUAGUGGCGCAAAUACCCACUCCCUGUAGUCCGUCCAUGGUUCUGCUCUUCUCUUGUUUCUUCUCUGUCACUGGCCUACUGCAUGUUGUUUGUUGAUCGCUUGCAAAUCUCGUUUUCCUGCACCCUAGCUAAAAUUACUGCUGUAUCUUCACCUGCUGUUGUAAGUAUCUAUUCCCCACCGCUGCACGACACAAAAAAUCGUCUUCUCACCGUACGAAGAUGCAGCGUCGUGUUGAACGCAUCGAGAAAGAACGAUGCUUGAUGGUGCAGUUCAACUCUCCGGAAAUCCGCUGGCCGCGGAAAGACAAUUCCCCAAAUGGUGACUUUUUGACGAACUUCGACAAGGAGCAGAAGAAGACCUUCCUCCGCCUGAUGGGUACGCACUUCCAGGGUGCCCAGCCAUCUCCCAAGAAGAUGGAGUACCAAACCAAGGACGACGGAUCGUCCGAGCUCACGGAGCUGCAGGACGACUGGUCCGACGCCCAGAAAGCCGACUUCACCGAAAAGAAGAAUGCUUUUGUCGAACUGUGGCGGUCGAUUGCGGACGCCCCGGAGUUGGUCGAGUACAUCAACUGGAAAAACAACAACUGGAUCCAGAUCGUGUUUCACCUCGGCGAGCAUCACAGUAAGGUGAUGGAUUUGGCCCGUGUUGUCGACAACAACCCCUACCGCAAGUACUUCAGUCGUGGUCUGAAGCUGAAGCCGAUGCAGAUGGGUAAGCCGAAGGAUGGCGACAACGCUGGCAACGGCGGCGCCAAUGGUAACGUCAAGAAGAAGGGCGGCAAGAAGGGCAAGGGGAAAAACGGGAAAAAGGGAAACGGAAAGUAAUGACAUGAUGACGCUAAUUAUGUCUACCUGCCAGUGCGUGAAUCUCAUCUACACUUUCUCCGACAAAAUCAACCACGCGAUAACGACUACCAGCAAGCACGACAGUCCUGUGCGUGAUUUCGCUGGGGCGCAUGUUUGAAGAUUAUGAAGAUUGAGAACUGGAAGAAAUACAUGCGUUCACAAAUGAACUCCAAUCACGUAAUGGAGUGAUGCAAACACUGAUGGUGCUGCCUGGUACUACUUCAGCCAGGAGCACAAGCUGCUUGACACCUGCAGUCAAGAGCUACGACAGACAAACGCUUUGAAUUACGUGCUACGCACGGCAAACAGACUGUAUGUGUG